UCCAUGUGCCCAGCAAGUGUACACAACACAGAAGGGGGACAAGUGACAAACAAACAAGUGACCAAGAAUCUGUGGUUUGUGUUUGUUUAUCUCUCCUAGCAGGAUCGCGUGCCGCCUGGCUUUAAUUCCGAUUGAUUCGUCAUCGUUCAAAAAAGAAGAAAAAGAAAGAGGAACGCAGGCCAUCUAGCGGUUCUCCGGGACGACGACCAAAGACCCGGAUUUUUUUUGGGGGCUGGAGCAAGUAACUAACGCUGUGGUAGUAGGGAUUGGCUGGCUUGGUUCUCAUACGUCCUGGAGCCGCGGCGGAGCUAGGACUAGCAGUCUCUCUCCGACCGCAACGUAAAACGCGAAAAAAUUAAUCGCGAAAAAAGAUAACAAAACAAAACGAGCCGGCGUGAACUUGUGUUUCCGUGUUUUUAAUUUCCCGGAGAAAAGAAAAGAAUCCGAAGUUUAUAUUCGAUUGGGGUUGGAAUUUUCAGUCAAAAGUUCCAGCAGUGGUACAAGAAAAAAGAAGAAAAAAGUCGCGAAAUUACUGCUCCUUCCCCGAUCCGGAUGGAUAGUCACGUCAGUGGAUCUAAUAAGAAUUGAAUAGAAAAAAAAAAGAUCCACCUCUACUCAUCGUAGAUUAGACAUGGAUUCCAAAUUCAGUCUACUCGUGCUCAUCGUUGUCGUUGCAACCUGCUUAACAACCGUAGUUAGCGGGAAAGCGGCGGGAAUCAAGCCGCAGCGAAGCAGAUUGUCGUCGACGAGAAAAUCUGUACGAAACACGUCGGUGAUUUACAGCCAAUCCCGCGUGUCCCACCAAACGGAAGAGACCACCAACACAAUCGAGUCGUCAUCUAGGUCUGCCGUAUCCAUGGCCGAUCGCAUCCAUCCGCUAUCUGAUUUAGCCCUGCACGAACCAGGUGUUGUGUCGCAAAGGCCGCAUCCAUGCGAGCAGAGUUCGUGUUACCCGGCCACGGGCAAUUUGUUGCUCGGCAGGGAAAUGCGUUUGUCCUCUUCGUCCACUUGCGGUCUCCAAAAGAAGGAAAAAUAUUGCAUCGUUUCCCAUUUGGAAGAUAAGAAAAAGUGUUUCUGGUGUGACUCGAGGCCGGAGCAGGUCAACAGUCCCAGCAGCCAUCACAUUCAGAACAUUCUCUACCGUUAUACCCCGACGUCUCGCCGGCGAUCUUGGUGGCAAGCGCAAAACGGCGUUGAGAACGUCAGCAUCCAGCUGGACCUGGAGGCAGAAUUCCAUUUUACUCACUUGAUCAUGACGUUCAAGACCUUUAGACCGGCCGCUUUACUUAUCGAGCGCUCUUAUGAUUUCGGGCGCACAUGGAAGAUUUAUCGCUACUUUGCUUACAAUUGCGCUGAAUCAUUCCCGGGUGUGUCCCGUGAGCCCCCGCGCAAUUUGACGGAAGUCAUUUGCGAAUCGCGCUACUCUGGCGUCGCUCCUUCAACCGAAGGUGAGGUCAUCUUCCGCGUUUUGCCGCCCAACUUGCCCAUCGACGAUCCUUACUCGCAAGAGGUCCAGAAUCUCCUCAAAAUGACCAACUUGCGCGUCAAUUUCACCAAACUGCAUACUCUCGGUGACGAUCUCCUUGACAACAGGGAGGAGAUCCAGGACAAGUACUACUACGCCAUUUAUGACAUGGUGGUGCGAGGUUCUUGCUCGUGUUACGGUCACGCUUCUCGCUGUUUGCCCUUGCCUGGUGUAGACGAGCGGACGGACAUGGUUCAUGGUCGCUGCGAAUGUACUCACAACACCAAGGGUCUCAAUUGCGAGCAGUGUGAAGAUUUCUACCACGAUCUGCCCUGGAGGCCGGCCAUUGGUCGCCAGACCAACGCUUGCAAACGCUGUAAUUGUAACCAACAUUCAGGCCAGUGUCAUUUCGAUCCGGCCGUCUACGAAGCCACUGGGCGCAUCUCUGGUGGUGUCUGUGACGAUUGUAAUCACAACACUAUGGGCCGCAACUGCGAACAGUGCAAAGCUUUCUUCUACCAGGAUCCUACCAAGGCGAUUAGCGAUGCCGACGUUUGCUUGCCAUGUGACUGCGAUCCUCGCGGUUCAUUGGAUGAUGGCAUCUGCGAUGCUCGCUCUGAUCCUUCUGGUGGCGUCCAGGCCGGUCAGUGUCACUGCAAACGUUUCGUGGAAGGUCGCCGUUGCGACCAAUGCCAGCACGGAUACUGGAACUUCACCGAAGAGAACCCAGACGGUUGCCAGGUGUGCAGCUGUAAUUUGCUGGGCACUUACGAAAAUCAAGGUUGCAACGUCUACAGUGGCGAAUGCGUCUGCAAACGCUACGUGACUGGGCGUGACUGCGACCAAUGUCUGCCUGAACACUGGGGCCUGUCGGAGGCUCGUGAUGGCUGCAAGGCUUGCGAGUGUGACCCUGGAGGCUCCUAUGACAACAACUGCGAUCUGUUGACUGGUCAGUGCAAAUGCCGACCGCAUGUCACUGGACGCACUUGCUCUCAACCAGAGCAAGGCUACUUCGCUGGAUUGCUCGACUACAAAAUCUACGAGGCCGAAUAUGGAGGCAUUUCCGAUCGUGCCCAGCUCCAGAUCCGUGAACCCUACAGAGAUCGUGAUCCCAGCUGGACUGGACCUGGCUUCGUUCGUGCUGUCGAAGACUCUUCCAUCCAAUUCACUCUGGAUGCCAUCAGCCAAUCGAUGGAAUACGAUUUGGUCAUUCGUUACGAGCCUCAGCUGUCCGGUCAAUGGGAAGACGUUCGAGUCGUCGUCGAACGACCCGGUGAAGUCGAUCCCGACGGACCUUGCGCCAAUCAAUUCAAUCAACAAGGGCCACCUAGUGGCGGUCUAGAAAUAUCGAGAGUAUCACUCCCAUCCGGCGCUCGUCACGCUGUCAUCUAUCCGCCCACUUGCCUGGAAGCCGGAAAGAAAUACAACGUCCGGCUGGAAUUCAAGUCGUACGACUCCAAUCAAGAAACUCCAUCAGCCGCUGUCCUGAUCGAUUCCAUCACGGUCGUACCGCGUGCAGGUUCAAUCCCGUUCUUGGGAGGAUCACCGGCCGCCGACUACCGUCGCCAAGAGUUCGAUCACUACCGUUGCGCCCAGUACUUUUAUUCCGUCGUCAAGACCAACAUCCCUGAAGUCUGCAAGAAACAUCUCUACAGUAUCGGCUUCUACGUCCUUGGAUCCGGUUUCGAGUGCCAGUGCGAUCCCACUGGAUCCUCGAGCAGCAUCUGCGAUUCGCUAGGUGGUCAGUGCUCGUGCAAACCCAACGUCGUUGGCCGUCGUUGCGACCAGUGCGCUCCUGGCACCUUUGGAUUCGGGCCAGAAGGUUGCUCGCCAUGCGAGUGCAAUCCUGUUGGCUCGCUCGACAACUUUUGCGAUAGCGGAACUGGACAAUGUCGUUGCAGACCCAAUACUUACGGCCGAGUUUGUGACCAGUGCCAACCAGGAUAUUGGAACUUCCCUUCGUGCCAACGUUGCGAAUGUAACGGACAUGCCGACCUUUGCGAUUCACGAACAGGCCGAUGCCUUGACUGUCGCGAUUUUACGACCGACGACCAUUGCGACCGUUGCUUGGACAGUUAUUACGGAGACCCUCGUUUGGGUGUCGACAUUCCUUGCCGUGCCUGCCCUUGCCCAGGAACCAUCGAUUCGGGACAUUCUUACGCUCCUCGGUGUUCGCUGGACCGCGAAACACAAGACGUGAUUUGCGAAUGCCAAGAAGGCUACGCCGGACCCCGCUGUGACGUCUGCGCUGACAACUAUUUUGGGAAUCCAGAAGUCCUUGGUGGCCAGUGCCGACCUUGCCAAUGUAGCAACAACAUUGAUCUUUCUCGACCGGGCAACUGCGCUGGUAAAUCGGGUGAAUGUCUUCAGUGUCUAUUCAACACUGAAGGAUUCAGCUGUGAAGUCUGCCAGAAAGGCUUCUUCGGCGAUGCCCUUUCCCAGCAAUGUACACCUUGCGUUUGUAACCUCCUGGGCAGCGAUUCCUCUUUAGAAGGGCCAUCCGUCUGCAACCGACAGACCGGACAGUGCCCGUGCUUGCCCAACGUGGAGGGUCUGUCAUGCGAUCGCUGCGCAGUCGACCACUGGAAAAUCGCUUCAGGCGAAGGUUGCGAGGCUUGCAGUUGUGAUCCAGUCGGCUCACUUUCGACCCAAUGUAACGAAUUCGACGGCCAGUGCGAAUGCCGCGAAGGUUUCGGUGGACGAAAAUGCGAUCAGUGUCGCGCCAACUACUGGGGUAAUCCGUCCGACAACUCUUGUCGGCCAUGUCUCUGCGAUCCACUGGGAUCCGCCACCCAACAGUGCCACCACGCAACGGGCGCCUGCGUCUGCUUGCCCGGUAUGGGUGGCGAGAAAUGUGAUCGAUGCGCUCGUGGAUACGUCGGCGCCAUCGUUCCCGACUGCCAGCCAUGCGGCGAAUGUUUCGACAACUGGGAUCGCAUUCUUCAGGAAUUGCGCGGACAAACCGAACAAGUGGUAGUGGCUGCCGGACAAAUCCGCGAGACGGGAGCAACUGGAGCUUACACCCGAGAAUUUGAAACGAUGGAAAAUAAGUUGAGCGACGUGAGAGCUCUGCUUCUCAAUACUACUCUCAGCGGCCACGAGUUAUCCCAACUAGAAGAACUUUUCAGUUCCAUCAAAACGAAUUUGACAAUGGCCGGUCAAGGAAUGGACGGAUUGGAUGCCACUGUAGAAAACACUACCCAACGUGUCUUCUCCGUGGUUUUGGCACUUUCAAACCUGAGAUCUAAAGCCACCGAUCUGCAAACUGCCGCCCAGUCACUCAAGAACAACGCCACCAAAUUGCAGGAAGCCAACGUCGAAGGAGCUUUGAAUUUGACACGUGAAGCUCGUCAGCGAUCCCAGAAAGCUCAAGAUCGGGUUGAAUUCACUCAACAACCAGUCAGCGACUCGGAAAGGCAACGCAGGAGGACGGAAGCAUUGCUGUCGCGUGUCGCUCCACAGCUGGGCGAGAGUCAGCAAAGAAACGCUGCCGAUCUGGCCGAUCUUGGUGGUCGGCUCGCCGUUAUCGAACGAUCCCUACCCGAGUUGAACGACGCCGUCUGUGACGGACGCGGUGAUCCUUGCGACAGCUUGUGCGGCGGCGGCGGGUGCGGAAAAUGUGGAGCUCUGUCAUGCGAGGAAGGAUCCGUUACCAAAGCAGAAAAUGCGCUCAGUUUGGCCAAAGAAGCGGAAGGAAUUCUACGCAAUCGGCAGUCCGAAUCGGAAGAGAUGAUGCGCGGCGUACGUCAGGCUGAAGUGGAAGCGGAGGCUGCCCGGGUGAUGGCCCGUGAGGCUCUUUUGGCCGCCGAAUUGGCCCAGAAUCGUUCAGAAGCAGCCAAAGCUGAAGUCGACGAGCUGAUGAAUCAAAUUGACGAAUACCUCGAGCAGUCUGGCGCAAGUCCGGCCGACAUUCGUUCACUGGCUACCGAUGUUUUGUCUAAGGGCAUUUCAUUGCAACCCGAACAGAUUACUGACCUAGCCCGUCGAAUCAACGAAACCAUUUCAUCUCUGACCAACAUCGACGCCAUUCUGGCCGAGACGUCUGGAGAUUUGGCUUCGGCUAAGGCCCUCAAAGAUCGUGCCGAUGCGGCCAAAGCUCAUGCUCAGGGCAUUCUGACUGUUGCCCAGCAGGUUCUUGACUCUUUGGCUGCCGCCAAGGCUGCUCAGGACAAGGCCGAAGAAGCUAUUCAAACAGCAGAUAAGGAUAUCAGUGCGGCCGAACUCCAUCUGACGCAGAUUGCCAGCGAGACUGCCGAUGCUCAAGCGAAAGCCAGUGAAUCAGUCCAGGAGGUGGAAGGACUACGGGAGAGGCUUAAGGAACUUCAGCGCAAGCUGAUCAAAAACGAGCGAGACGUGAAAGAAGCGGCUCGUGAAUCCGAUGUGGCUGCAUCGUUAGCCUCGCGCGCUGGACAAGGCGCAUCCGAGCUGGACACGGCUUAUCAGCGAGCAUUGAAAGCUUUGGAAGAGAAGACGGCAAGAAGUGGUGAUGCCCGAGAGCGCUCUGCCCGUCUCCAAGAUAAGGCAAAUCGGCUGUCGGCUAGCGUGUUUGCCAAAGUUCAAGAGCUCAAAGAAAUGGAAGAUGAAUAUUUACUGCAUGAGCGCCGGCUGACCGACCUGUCUGAUCAAGUGAUGGCAAUGAAUGUGCGCAUGACCGACUACUUGCAGGUUAUUAGCGAUCGCUCUGAAUUCUACCGCACCUGUCAAAAGUAGGAAAUUAGAUAUAUGAUAGCAUCAACUCCUCCCACACUGCCUCUCGUCUAUUGCGACAGUCGCAUUACCCUCUCCAAACGAGCAUCCGUCAAUAGUCCAUCAUUUUAUACCACGUAAUCCAAACCUAUCGAAUUCAAUCGACAGCACACAGCAGUCUCCUUCCUCUACUUUGCAUUUGAUGUACAUUUGGUCGAGAAACAAUAUCAAUUACCGUGAAUCUUCUCCCCUCACUCAAUAAGGUGCCUUCUUGAAUUAACUGCAGCGUGCCAAAUUUGUUUUUCUUCAAGCUUUUCCAUCGUUUUUUUUUUCUCUUUUCUGUUUUUUUAAUUUUUUAUAUGACCUUAUAUGACUGGAUCGUUUGAAAACGAAUCUACUAUAAUCUCUUUUGAUUCUCUUUACAAACAGAAUCUUGUGCCUUGAAAGUUUUUUUUUUCUUAACAAAAAAUCAAAAGACAUGGAUGUAAUGGUCGCAUCUUUUAUCCAAUCCUCUUCCUCCUCCUCCACCUCCCACCCGUUAUGUGUUUCGCCCUUCCUCCUCUCCCAUCCUUCCACCGAAACAGUGUGUUCACCCCAAGACAUCACUUAACUAUUAUUGUUUGAGACUGUGGAGCGAUAAAACAAUAAAAGCGACAUUACAAACCAC